UGCCCUCGAGCGAGAACCUCUAGCACGCACAACUCGUAGAGCAGACCCAUUCGCCGCCGCCUAUCCCUGCGCUACCUCCACCCCUUCGCCGCCGCCCUCCCAUCAAGCCGCCGCCGAUCCUGGAGCUACCUCCAUCCCUUCGGCGCCACCAUCCCAUCAAGCCGCCGCCGAUCCUGGAGCCAUCUACCCCGGGAGCGGCGUCUCUCGCUGCCGCUGUGACGGGAUCGCCGCCGCCGAAGUAGCAGAGGAGACGCCGUUGACGAGGUCCAAAGGGAUUCGCCGCCGCCACCUCCAGGAAAGCAGCCGUUCGUGGAACUAUACCGCUGCCCGGGAUCCACGCAAGAGGUCAGGUGCCGCCUCCAUCGUGAGCCAGGCCAAAGGGGACGUCGUCGACAUGCCGCCGAGGUCCUAUAGGAGCCGCUGCCACCUUCAUUGCGGAUCUCCAGGUCACCGUCGGGACACCACCGCCGAGGUCCGGCAUUGACACAGCCAUUUACCACGUCGCGCAGGGCGGCAUGGACAAACGGCUGCCUCCGGGAAGUCGGGAGUCUCCAGCUGCAGGGACGUCGCCGGCCGGGUUACAAUCCUUCAGAUCCAGCGCGGUGGGGUGCGGUAAUCAGAUCGGCUCCAAAUUCUGGUUGAUGGUCUGCGUCGAGCACGACAUUGACCCCACCGGCUACUAUGUCGGCACCUCCGACCUGCAGCUCGAGCGCGUCAACGUCCAACACAAUGAGGCCUCCUGCGGUCGAUUUGUGCCCCACACGGUGCUCAUGGACCUCGAACGCUGCACCGUGCCCUACAGCCAGAUCUCCCCCUGCAAUUUUUGUGCUCACCGUGUAGGUGUCUUCUCCAAGGCGUCCUUAGCCUCUGAACAUCCCGCUCCAUCAAGCAGAUAAGGACUGAAAUUUGCUGAUUUUGCUCAACAUGGUGCUGCUUGAUAAUACUCAAUCAAGAUGAACUGACCAUCAUUGCUGGUGUUGAUUACAGGUACAUGCACUGAAUUUUCCGUUGUGGCAAAGCUACCGUAUUAUAAUCUUUCUAAUUGUUGCUACCACAUUUCAAAGGAAGAACACACUGAUGCAAAAGAAUCUCAUUAUCUAGCCAUAUGUAAUCACACUUUCUUACUAUGCAAACUGUCAUAGGAGUAACCCACAGCAAUGUCACUCCAUUUUUGCUGUCUAUUAAUCUAUGACAAAGGGGAUGCGCUGGUGCCCGUGCCCGUUGCUAUUCAAACAAAGGAGUAAAUCUCGCAAUUUUCAAUCAAUAAAGGUUAUCUUUCCUAUGGCUUUUGUUAUUAGAUACAUGCAGAUGUGUGUCACUUCCUUAUAUCAUAUAUGGUUCCUAAAGUAUUAGAUGUUUCAUAUAACCAUCACUUACCUUUUAAAAAAAAUGACCAUCAGUUA